AUGGAUCGAGAUGGGUUACGCCGUCGACCGGCGUCAGUCAGCAGCAGUGGAUGGCGUACGGGACGAUUGAUGACACUAACGGUGCUGUUUGUUCUCGGCACGAUCUUCAUCGGUCAGGCUACGGGUCAGGACACGGAGUUCGCACCGCACGUCACGGCCACCUGCAAGUCCGGCAUGAUGAACAUCAAGAUACAGUUUGCGGGCCCGUACAACGGUGUGGUGCACGCGCGAGACUUUCGGACACCGGCCUGCAUGACCUUCGGUAACGGAUCGGCCACGCUCGGGCUUAGCCUCAACCUGCUCGCCAAGUCCGGCAACAGCGAAUACUGUGGCAUACUCGUCAGCAACGUGAGUGGUGGUGAUCGCACAGAAGAACGCUCCGUACAGUUGGCCGUCCGGGUGCACAAAACGUUGGAGCUGGCGGACGACAAAUUCUACGUUAUCACAUGCGGCAAAACAGGAUUCGCUAGGGAUGACAGUGGUGCGGUGGCAUUAAAGUUUCUGGACAGUACUGGACGACGCGUACGGGAAACGGUUUACAACCGGGAGUACACGAUCAAGGCGGAAGUUACCAACCCGAACGGAACGUACGGCAUACGCGUCAAGAAUUGCUUUGCCUUCAACAAGAAAAACAUGUCCGUGGCGCUGAUUGACGAUCGAGGAUGUCCGCUGAAAAACGACACGAUGACACGGUUCCGGACGAAUGCGGAUGGUACUAGCGCUACGGCACAGAUUAUGUCAAUGUUUAAAUUCUCUGAGGGUUCGGAGGUCCACUUCCAGUGCGACGUGGUACAGUGCAAUGGACGGUGUCCCGAGUUGGAAGAUGCGGUAUGUACUGGGGACCCGAAUGCAUUCAUCAAAUCGGCCCGUGCUUUGGGGCAGGUGGACGAUGGAAUGCUGCUAGCGGCCACGACCGUCUUUGUGAUUGAUCCUGCCUUCGCACCAGUGAUCUCCCCGAUUUGUGACGACACCGGAAUCCGUCCGCACUGGUUACUUUGGCUGACGAUUGCACUUGGCGUGCUGUUCUUGAUCAUGCUACUGAUGAACAUCUUCCUCUGUACGGCCAUGAGCUGUAGCUGCGCACAGACUGAGAUCAUCGAGAAGGAACCGUCGAUCAUUGAAGAGUACGAUCCGUACCGAAGUUGGCACGGCUCACAGUACGGAUCGCGUUACUCGCUGCACGGUGGCCGUGAAGGUGGUCACAACAAGGGCUACACGAGCGGUGGCAGUACGAUCCACUCCAACCGAUCGCUACCGAUCGAUUCGGACCAUUAUGCGAUCGUACACAGCCGGCCAGGUUCCCGGCACUCGGGACUACACGGACAUCGUCCACGUGGCCCACCAAGUAAUAUGUAA